AUGCCAACCUUUAAAAAUUUUAAUCAAUGUAAAAAUAUAGUCCAAUUUAAUUUAGGUUAUAAUUCCAUUUCAAAAAUUGGUGACAUAUCAGGAUUCAAAAAAUUAAGGCGUCUUUAUUUAUCAUAUAAUUCAAUUAAAAAUAUUGCAGACUUUCAGAAUUUAAGUAAGUUAAAAGUUUUAGAUUUAUCUGAUAACCAGAUUGAAAAAAUUAAUAACACAUUAUCUGGUUUUAUCAGUUUAGAAAAAUUAAAUAUAUCAAUGAAUAAAAUAACAGAAUUUAAAAAUUUUGAAUCACCAAUGUCAAAUUUACUUUUCAAUCAUAACAUCUCUCAAAUCGAUAAUUUAAAUAAUUUUACUAAUCUAAUUUUUUUAAAUUUAUCAUCAAAUAUUAUCAAUGAAAUUCAAACUGAUAACAUAAAUAAGUUAAUCAAGUUAAGAGUCCUAGACUUAUCAAAUAAUCAAAUAACUCAAGUAGCUAAUCUUAACAGCUUAAAAUCAUUAGAACUAAAAUUCUUGAAAUUAAAUAAUAAUCAAAUUUCCAAAUUUGAGUUGAAUAUCAAAUACUUGAAAUCUUUAGAAGAAAUUGAUUUAUCGCAUAAUCAAAUAAAAGAAAUUGCAAAAUUUAAUAAAUUCAAUAAAUUAACCAAAAUUAAUUUUGCAUUCAAUAAAAUAGUUAAAAUUGAAAACUUGAAAAAUUUGAAAAAUUUGAAAAUAUUAAAUUUUUCAUUCAAUUUAAUCGAAAGAAUAUCCGGCUUGAAGUUUUUGAAAAACCUUGAGAAGAUUUACUUAAUUUCAAACAAAAUAACCAGAAUACGAAAAUUUGAAAUCUAUAACAAUGAAAAUGAUAACAGCAAUGAUAGUAAGAAUGCUAACCCAUUGGAAAUAUUCAUACAAGGAAAUGAAAUUGAUAGACUAAAAGACAAAGAUGUAGAGUUUUUAAAAAAUCUUAAAAGCGAUUCGGUUUUGUUUUACAGUAACUCAAUAAUGGAUUUCCAAAAGAUCAGAUUUAAUAAAGAUUUUUCAUAUCUCAAAGAGAGGAUACGGUUCAUGAGUUUAACAGACUUGCUUCUGUUAUGA